CAGCGUUAGUGCCGGAGCAAACCUCUACACUCAAAACAUUGUGUCUGAGCGCCGCUAACUGGCAAGGUUAACACUACACCGUCUUGUCGUUGUGGAUAAUAACAACAGGACGGCGCAUUUAAGCCGUUAGUCAGGACAUUUUAUUUCCAAAAAGGGCCGACGAGAUCUUCUUAUAGCUAACGGUGGCUAAAGUUCACGGUAGCUUGCUAGUAGUUGAAGCUAUGUAGCUCGCUAACAUUAGCCGAUUGAGUGUAAACCAAAAGCUGUUAAUUGCGACAAAAAGCUACACGUAAACCAAACAAAGCAGCAAGAUUUAACGGAGUAAACGCGGAAAACGGAGAGGUUGGUGCCAGCAGUCACUGAGUGCUAACGUUAAAGCACAUCCCACCUGUUGAUGGAAACUUGUGAGCUGACUGCAUUGGUUUUCUCAGCUAAUAGCUCCGGAGCAUGAUGGAGCAGAAGAUCUGAGGGAUUAUGACAGCAGUGAUGAUGGACAUAUAAUGGUAUAUAUGUGUUCAACACAGCAUUUCUUCUCCAAGUGACAACAUGGAAUCUGAAAACAUAACUGACUCAUAUGAAGACAACCGGGAUGUCGAUCAGAGUCGCCAGUCACUCCGGAGUACCAAGAAAGAUUCCCGUGGAUCGUCCUUCCAAAGGCACAAAAAGAACUUCCGGGACAAGAUCCAGGAUGAGGAAGAAAAAGACAGCUGUAUUGAGAGUAGAUCAAAAACUCGAACCUGGCACUCAGAUCCAGAUCGGGACCAGAUAUCAGAUGGAGAGGGACGGAGAAGUAGUCGCUCAUUUUACUCAGAGGACUAUGAGAACGAGUCUCCUUCAGAGGGCUCCAUCUCACCACACUCCCGGUCCCGGACUCCAUCCCCUUCUCCUCAAAGAGGGGUGCGGGCAAAGAGGAUUUCUUGCAGCCCCUUUUAUAAGACAGGUGGUGUUGGCCGUCGGGGUGUAUCUCGCCCACAGCGUCCAGGAGGCCAACCCCUGAUACAGCAGCAUCGUAGGGGAGUGCGCUCACAAAGCAAAGAGUCCACACCACCUAAAGAUCUGGACCUGGUUACCAAGAGGAUGCUUUCAGCCCGCCUGCUAAAGAUCAAUGAAUUGCGUAAUGCACUUGCUGAGCUGCAACAGCGCACUGAUGAGCUGCAGAAGGAGAAUCGAAUUCUCAGACAGCUUCAGGUGCGUCAAGAGAAAGCCCUGCAGCGCUACGAUGACACAGAAAGCGAGAUUUCCCAGCUGCUGUCGCGCCACACCAACGAGACCCACGUUCUGCGCGAACGGCUCAGGCGUACUCAAGAGCGGGAACGGGCGGCCGAGCGGCGGUUGAAGGACAGCGAAGAUCAGCUGCAGCGGAGCCAAGCGACCAUCACACGGCUGAGGAAGCUGGUCGACCAACGCGAGUUAGGAGCCAGAGACGAGUUAAGCCGCAGGUUAGAGGAAGAGAAGGUUCGGGCCCAGGAGGCAGAACGAAAGAUUAAGGAGCUGGAGCGCAGCAUGGAGCUGAGCAACAGCAGUUACCAGAGGCAGCUGGCUGCUGAGAGGAAGAAGACCAUCAGUGCCCAGGAGGAGAUCAGGACCCUGCAGGAGGAGCUGGAGCGACUGACCAAUAAACUCAAGGAGAAGGAGAGAGAACUAGAUGCCAAGAACAUCUAUGCCAACCGCAUGAUGAAACCCUCAGUAAGAAAAGAUACUGACACAAAGAGGAAAGUCCCCAGCAGGAACAGCACCAAGGCAGUGCAGACUAAAGACAGGACGUCUAGUCUGGAUUUCCCGACACCUCCCCCUGCCAUCAGCGAUGCCAAUGACUACAGCGAACAGGCACCUGACGAAUACUUAUCUCUCAAGGAGCUUGACGGAGUGGGCAGACAGGAAGAGACAGGAGACCGACAUCAAACUUGGGAGCAGCAGAAGAUGAGAGACAGAGAAAAAGAAAGAGACAAGGAGGAGGAAUUGAUGAAGGAGAGAGAGCAGGAGAAAGAGGAGAAAGUCAGCCAGGGACUAAAUGUGCGUGAGGAGAAGGCAAAGAGACAAAGAGAUGGCUGGGAGAGAGAAAAAGAGGAAGACGACAGAAAGAGGACAAGUUUCCUGUCAAACCAGGAGGAAGAGAACAACACGAAGCAUGGCCAUGUCCAGGAAGAGGUGAAGAGGUGGAACCAGGAUGCUCUGGCCAACCAGCAAGCAGCAGAGGAAGCACGUCGUAAAAAAGAGCUGCUGCUGGCUAAGAUGCGUGAAAUAGACCGUCACAACCAGGGAGCCCAGGAUGCCAUGUUUGCUGAGUCUAGUCCUUCUGAGUCCAGCAAGGGUGCCAGUAACCAUUCCUCUCCACGUCUUCCUGAACAGAGGAACCAUAGCUCAAUUUUUAACCUCACAGAAUCAGAGGAGUUGGCCAGUUUGCGCGCCGGUGGUGGAAGCAGGGAUGGUGGAAGGAGGAGAUCAGGCGUAGAGGGUGGAGCUGUUACAACAGGAAUCGGCAGGAGAGCACUACGGUCCCAAAUCUCCAGUGACGACUUGGCAUUUGGAAGCUACGCCCCUUCUUUUGGAAAUUCAGCGUCCCGAGGUUCUUCAGGCUUCCCUCCACCUCCGCCCAUUGAGGACAGGGACUCUACCUUAGAAGCAAUAGGGGUUUUUAGUCUCAGAGGGGUGGAGACAGAGAAAGAAAAGGAGAUGGAAAGAGGAGUGGGGAAGGACAAGAAGUCUGGCCUCAUGCAGCAGCUAUUUGGUUCCCUGGCAACACCUGCUGGUGAAAGCAUGAGCACCUCCAAUAAAAUGGAGGUCCUCAACAGUCCUCCAACUACCAAUGGACUACGCUCAAGAAGGGAAGGACUGCUCAGCUUCAACUUAGGGUCUUCCACUCCCCCGGCAUCCUCCCUGAACACCCUACAGGUCGCAGAUAGCAGACCUGCCAUCCGUGCCAUCACCUCAUUUGAUGAUGACAUAGAGGAAUUGACUUUAUGAAAUUAGAUUUGAAGCAAUUAGUGUCAUAGCAGUUGAGGUGAUAUCCAAUAUACAAGAUUGAGUCUAUUAACUCAAGUCUUAACACCAUUAAUCCCCCCCCCCAAUGAAAUGUUGAGAAAGUCGACAUUUUAAAAAGUUUCUAGAAAACCACAAAACUAUGAGUGAUAAAAGAUUCAUCUUGUGUUGCUGUAGUUUUAAUGUUUCAUCAUGUAGAGAAUUCAUUGGUUCAGGUGCAUGUGUGUAGACACGUGGAGGGCAGAGGUAGUUGUCACAGUGUUGCUGAAAUUGGCAAUAUAGCAUUUUUGACCCUGUGAUCUGUUUUAGUGCUUAUUGAACUUACAAGUGUUGUAUAGGCCGUGGGGUUUGCUGGUUGCACUUGUUAUAUCUUGUUUUUCUGGUUAAAUGUGACUGGUAGGUCAUCUGAUCAAAAGAAGGAUAGUAGAGCCACAACAUCUAUGACUUAGAAUAUUAGUCCAGCAAACAAAUGCAAAGCAAAGUGCAAGCAAUACAGUCAAAGUUGGCUGCAAGUCACAUUUUUUGCAUUUAACAUUUUAGCGCUUUGCCAUAUUUUUAGUAAUAACAGUUUGGGAUUGCUGUUAUUUUUGGUUGUUUUGGGAUCCUACAUUUCUUUGUGUGUCUGUAUUUGGACAUUUGAUUCUACACAGUUUGGGCACAGUAAUCUUUGAUUUAUUCAAGGUCCAUGCCAUAAAAGUGUGCCACUUUGCAAUAUGAUAAUCAAAGUAUAUUUAAACCGUUUGCUGAAUGUCUGACAAUUAUAUAAAACGGGUUAUUUUUAAAACAUUUAUUAUAAAGCCUCGUAAAAGUGUCAGUUUUCUGCAGGUUUAUAACAGCCAAUAUCAUUUUGAUACUGAUUAAAUACUCCAUUACAAGGAAAAUGUCAUACACCCUUAAUGACCUAUGGUCAAAUGAUACUAAAUAAUGCAUAUAAGCUCACUGAAAGCAUAUAUGUACAGUAAUUUGUUUGUAUUCCUUGUCCCCUGCACUGCUGUGACUCGUAGCAGACAAUCAGCACUAAACAAACCACCAGUGGCUGUAAAAGCUACAGCUGUAUGGAAGUGAACAGACAAAAUGCUCUGUUUUUAUCUAUAUUUAAUUGUGUUGCGUUCCUAUACAUUUAAAUAAUAUGAUGGGGAAUCACUACAGAGUCUUACAGCAAAUAAAGGCUGUUACCAGUCUGCACCAGGAAGCUGUAAAACUGAUUUUUUCAGAUUUGUCCAUUUUUUGAAGAGCUCUUUGUAUUUAUUCUGGCAGAGUUUAUUGUUGUAACUUUGGUAAGGGAUUAAAUGUGUAACCAGUGAAAACUCUGUGGUUAAUCAGUCUCUAUUCAUGUUUUAACAUUUCCACAUUUUGUACUAUUGUAUUUAAAAAACAAGUUUUAUG